GGAAGAAGACAACAGCAUUUGCGACGACGGAAUCACGGACGAAGAGAAAUCAAUCAUUCCUUCACCAAUUUAUUACCAACCUAUCUACGAUCGUGAAUUCUUGACUAAAGAUUGUGUAGAUAAUAAGUAA